AUGAGUUGUGCCACUCUGUACGGGUACGAGCUGGCUAGCCAAAUUGACCAAUUGGUGAUUCGAAAAAUUGCAAAUGAGAAGAUUCAGAUUGGGGGAAAUAAAAACAGGCCAGAAAAAAAAACGCUAUUUAUUAUUUACUCAAAGAACAUAGCCACGUAUUCAUAUUUGCACAUUCUUCUGAAAAAGAGUUUGUUGCUAAGUGCAGAUGUUACGUUUGUACUGGUCAGAGUCCAAAGAAGAUGCAACGAAAAAAGGUUAAUCAAUUUAAUAAAAAAAAUAAAUAGACGAGGGAAGAACACCUGGCUUAUAAUACUCUCUCCGUUGUCUCGUCACAUAAACAAGUGUUACAUUUCUAGUUUUAUUAGCCAGGAGAAGGAUGUGGAUCGGUCUAACUGUGCACCCAUUUGGAAGUUACUAUGCAAUGGUAGUAGCAGUACUUAUGGGGGUGAUGCCCAUAAUGACAGAUGCAUGACCCUUGUACAGCCAGCUCCCUAUUUGUUUAGACAAAACUGCGAAGCCUUCCUGCAGUUUCUUCUUUUCAUUUUGCACCUUCGCAUGGUAAAAAAAGGCGAGGAUAUUUGGAAAAACGCUAUUGCCAAUGCAUCUAUGCGGGAGGAAAAGGCAGUUAAAGGAGACACGGAAAACUUCAGUGACGCUACGGAGGGGGGUUACCCAAGCAGGGAUAACACCCUACGUAUUAACCUUCGCAGCGACGUCAAACAGAUUUGUAAUGUAAGCUCAGAAAUUCAAAACUACCUGAGUAGCACCAAGUACAAUCUGCCAUGUUGUGUUCACGCGAUAUUGCUAUUCUUGAAAUAUUACCACAUACAUGUGAAGGGGAAAAGUGUGCUAAUUCUUAGUAGCAACAUAAGUAUCUUCCUAUCCCUAUUUGCCUUUUUUUUUCAAAGUGAAGUUUCGACGACGGUUUAUGAUCCGCUGCGGGGGGAGGUUCUCUGUAAGUACGAUGGGGGGGUUAAAAAGUGCUACCUAAGAACCAGUAACCUAGGCAAGCUACACAUUAGAAAUGAAGGCGAUUUUAAAAGGAAGUGCAAAAAGUUCUCCAAGUCUUACGUAUCUUCCAGUAAGGGGUACACAAAAAUUACCCACCAAGAUUUAUCCACACUAAGCAGAAACAUAAAUAGAAGAAUUGUCAAAAAUUCCGAUGUCAUAAUAGUAGCAAUAGGUUGUCCCCACAUUUUGAAAAAAAAAAAUAUUAAAGAAGGCGCCAUUAUUUUAGACUUGGGAAUCAAUUUGGUCCCCCCAGGGGGUAGGCACAUGGAAAGAAUGGUCUCACCGUUUUGCCCUCCCACCGUGGGGAACAGGAAAGUGCAAGAAAGAAAUUUCCCCUGCAGGAGGGGACUCCUCCCGCGUGGGAAAUUCAAAAAUGGGCCAUUUUCCCCAAAGUUGCAAAAUCGCACAAGUUUAGUGAAACAUAUAUGCUUAAGUUCCCCCCGAAUUGGUAAAACUGCUACAUGUGAGAAUUCCCUCAGUGAGGAAACAACCCAAGUAAUAAGAGAAGAUACUUCUCCAUCGCACUGUUCGAACGAUGCUUCAAUUUGUCCCCCCAGUGGAGGGAUAAAGAGGGUCCACAAUAAAGGCCAUAAAAUUAUUCCUCUAAAAAGCCGCAAGUCUAAAAUUAAAUUCGCCAACGGUUUAGUCAAAUGUUUGCAAAAUUACGAAAUUGUUGGUGACGCCGAUCCGAACUGCAAGCAGAAGUGCACGCUCGUUUCAAGUGUGCCCGGGGGGCUCGGCCCCAUCACCACAUCCAUGCUGUUCUACAAUUUGUACUUCAAUUGA